AUGCCGCUCAGAACACACCUCACAGUGCUACAAUGGACUGCAGCGUUGUACGCCGACUCCGUUGUCUUCAAGGUCCCCAGGUCUAUCAGCGGUAGUGGCUCAGUCCAGUACCUCUGGGACAACAUCACAUACCGACAAUUUCUCCUCGACGUGGAAAGGUCGGCUCGUUUCUGGUCCUCCGUGCUGGUCAAGGAGAAUCUGCCGCAACGCACCGUGGUCGGCCUUUGGCUCAGCGGAUUGACUUACAUGGACGUCCUACACAUUUAUGGCGUCGCCAGAGCCGGUUACAUUCCCCAGCUCUUCUCCUUGCGACUCCCAAGCCCAGAGAUCAUCUUCGAGCUCAUGCAUCGUGCUGGUGCCAAGGCCCUCAUCUACGAUAUCUCAUACGCGUCAAUAGUCCACGGCUGCGAAGUGACGACGUUCACCGCCGUAGAUAUUUUCUCCGCUCCCGACGUCCAGGAGCCUCUGGCGGCAAUCGUCGCACCGGAGAAUGGGAACGACAUAGCCAUGGUCUUCCACACGUCCGGUUCAACCCUAGGGUCACCAAAGCUCGUCCCUUGUACGUACGGAUGGCUCGACACUAUCGUAUCCAAGGCGAAUACCAUUAGCACACCAUGUCGACCGGGACAGCAGGAUGUGCUUGUCUGCAUGGGGAGCAUGUGUCACAUCGGGCAGACACUCACCCUGAUCGGCGCACUACAGAACGGAACCUGCACGGUCCAGCCCACCCAAAUCGCAUUCUCAUCAACCGAGCUGGUCGAGAUGAUCCGUCAGUGCGGGUUGAACCGCCUCACCCAAUUCGCCACAUUCCUCUCUAUGCAUCUCCGAAAUUCCCGCAACGACCCCGACCUUCUCGCUCAUCUGAAUGGCCUCGACGAGAUCUUGUUCGCGGGUAUAGCACUCCCACAAGAAGACGAGGACUGGGCGCGGCGUCACGGCCUGCCUCUCCGAAACCUGUUCGGCAACACGGAGUGUGGGGCCAUGUUGAUCUCUGUGGGUGGCCGAGGCAGUGAUUCCCUAUUGCUACGCCCGAUCGAAGGCACGCGGUACGACUUUACCCCCAUUACCUCAUCUUCCGCCGGAGGCGAGACGACGCACCAUAACGCCAACGCCACACUUCUCGAGCUUGUCAUCCUCGACGAGUCUGGUGACUGCCCCCACCCGUCGCUUCGUCAGGCCGAUGGGCACUUCCACACGGGGGAUCUCUUCAGCGAGGUUGCCCCGGGACGCUUCCUCUUCCGCGGUCGUGACGACGAUUGGAUCAAGAGCGAGAACUCGCUGCGGUGCGACACGCGUGCGAUCGAGGACAACGUCCGUACUAUGUGCGGCGACCUCGUGGCGGAGUGCGUCGUGGUCGGCUACGGCAGACCGUCACCUGCCCUCUUCGUCGAGCCAAAGGUGGAGAUCGAGGGCGGGAAGCUGAGAAAGGACAUCAUCCGUCGCACACGACACUUCCAUUCGAGGCGCUACAUGCACGAACGAAUUGUCGACCCGAAGUUCGUGGUCGUGGUUCCGAAGGGUACCCUGCCAAGAACCGCCACCAAGGGGAAUAUCCGUAGGCGUGCAGUCGAGGAGAAGUUCAAGGCCGAACUUGAUUGUAUCUACGGCACCAAUUCCUGUUCAGCACACUAGGUCCUGAUAUGCCCGGAACCCCUC